UUCCUGUUCUUGAGCACCGACGGCCCUGUCUGUCACUCUGAGUCGGACGGCUCAAAUUCUUGCCUGUGCUCGCUGCGGGCUGUCAAAAUCAGCCCUCUCAGAAAAAAUUAUGAGAUUUUUCCUCACGUCUAUGCAGCCGACACAACGGUGCAGUGCAGAUUAGGCGGCAAUGAUGGAUAAAACCCUCGAAAUUAUUAAUCCACAGAUUGGGUGUGUGUGCAGAUGAGGCUCUGCUCUGACGAGGCCUCCCCUUCCCGUGCCUGGAAUAUUCUGGAUCCCAGGAGGGUUUUUUAGUCAUCACUAUGAACAGAUUCUUUAGGAGACUCUAGCAUUGCAGACCCCCACUAAGGAGGGAAGAGGCUGGGCACGGAGCCCCUUAUAUCCCGUAUUCAAAGUUGGACAUAGCAAAGGACCCAAGAACCAUGUAGUGUAACUCUUCCCACCACAGGGGGGCGGGUUAAGUUUUUAGUUCUUUUUUGUACUGUUUUUUUUUUUUUUUUUUGGGAGUUGGUCUACAAGGUGAGCCAGAAAUGGUCUUGCAUACCUCUCCCUACCCCAGUGCCUUCCUCAGCUUUCUGAGUCGUCUGUCUUGGGCCUUUGUUUUCCCUUGCUACUGGCUGUUGGACCGGUUGUUGGCCUCCUGUGUAGCAACAUCACUGGAGAAACGUAGACGCUCCCAGGAUCCCUGCUCUUUUCUGGCACUCGGGGUCCUGAUCUCUACACCUCUCUACCUGGUGCUGUUACUGGUGUCCUUACCCUUCGCCUUAAUUGGCUUCCUCUUGUGGGCCCCACUGCAGACCAUCAGGAACCCCUACAUCUACUCUCACCAGAAACCAGACAAGCAUGGUGCCGAGCAGGGAGCAUCGGCUGGAACCGAGGCGGCACUUGCUGAGUGGCGUCCACAAGGUCGCAGCUUUUGCUUUGGCAGUGCCAAUGUUUGCCUGCUGCCAGACUCACUUGCACGCUUCAACAACCUCGCGGACACUCAACGCCGAGCUCGGGAAGUGGGCAAGCGGAUCCGUAAUGGUGCCAGCAGACCCCAGAUCAAGAUAUAUAUUGAUUCGCCCACCAAUACUUCAAUUAGUGCGGCAUCCUUCUGCAGCUUGGCCACUCAGGGCUUCCGUCGCACCUCUUCUUUGGACCAUCGUCCUGAGCCUGUGGUCACCACUGAAACUGAGACUGAGGCCUUAACCGAGUGUCCCGUUCACCCCUCAGGAGGUACAAGCUCGGAUUGCCCCAUCCACAGCACUGAAGCCCAGAAUUCCUCAGAGUGUCCUCUCCACUCCAAUGCAGAAGAGCAUGCUCCAGAUUGUGCUGUCCACCAGUUUGCAGACCCACAGUCAACUGGUGAGUGUCCAGUACAUAGCAACAUCAUCCAGAACUCAGAAGACUGUCCUCUCCAUCCGGCUGGAGUGCAAAUCAGCAUCACCUCUCCUGAUUCUGAGCCAGUCGAGGAUGAAAAAGGAAACCAUCAGACCGGGGACGGGGAUACGGGUAGCCUAGAAAGCCGCACAGCCUCUCGGGAAUCCCUGGUUCGCUUCCACGCAGCUGAUGGAGGCAUAUCCCCCAACAAUACCCUUUCACAACACCGCACCUCAGUCUUCAAAAGACCGAUCGGGCGCAAGCGCCGUCACGGCGAUGACGGCUUUGACCAUGAGAUCUCUGCCUUUUUCCCAGCCAACCUGGACUUCCUUUGUCUGCAGGAAGUCUUCGACAGGCGGGCUGCAGACAGGCUCAGGAGGCAGCUGCACCGCUAUUUUCCCUUUGUGCUGAGCGAUGUGGGACGCUAUGGCUGGAAAGGCUGUUGCUCAAGGUUCAAGUUCUUGAACAGCGGGCUUCUGUUGGCCAGUCGCUACCCUAUUUUGGAUGCCCAUUAUGAAUGCUUCCCCAAUGGGCGCAGCGAGGAUGCUCUGGCUGCUAAAGGAGUUCUUUUUGCCAAGGUGCAGGUUGGAUGCUCUGCUCAGGAACAACGGGUUGUUGGAUAUAUCACUUGUACCCAUCUGCAUGCUAUUGAAGGUGAUUCAUCGGUGCGCUGCGAGCAGUUAGACAUGCUGCUGGAGUGGGGCGCUGAGUUCAGGAGGACCACCUUGGGUCCCACAGACGAGGAGAAGGUUCUGGAAGAUCAGGUGGCCUUCGACGUCAUCCUCGGAGACCUCAACUUUGACAACUGCUCCUCGGAAGAUAAGCUGGAACAACAGCAUUCCCUCUUCACUCAUUAUAAAGACCCCUGUCGUCUUGGUCCUGGAGAGGACAAACCAUGGGCCUUAGGUACAUUGCUGGACACGAGUGGGCUAUAUGAUGAGGAAGUCAGCUCACCAGAGAGCCUACAAAAAGUGAUGGAGAAUGAAGAGGGGAGAAAAGAGUACUUGGUGUUCCCCGCAAGCAAGAACCAUUGUCCUAGCCAGAAGGGGCGCAAAAUCCCCCUGAAGGGCAACGGCAGGAGAAUCGAUUACAUACUUUAUAAAGAGGAAGGCCUGCAACCGGACUGGAAAGUGGAUAUAGAGGAGUUCAGCUUCAUCACUCAACUUGCUGGAUUGACUGACCACCUCUCAGUGGCUGCAAGAUUGGUUGUGUCUACUGGAGAAGAGGAGACUUAGGACCCGGCCAUAAUUCAAAAAAAAAAAAAAAAAAAAAAUCAAUGCCACAGAGAGAGGGAGGGGAGAGGCAAAGCGAGAGCGAGAGAAGUGAGUGAAAGGAAAAACAGCAGGAGGAGGCAUUCGUCAGGCUUCCAGACAGAUGAGGGCAGGGUGAUUGAGAGGGUUGGUAAGUCGUAAAAAAUAAUGGACGACAUAGAUGGAGAGCAUAGACGAGAGAGGGGGGUGGAGGAAAGGAGAAAACCACCAAUCAGCUGAAAGCAGCAUGCAGGUGUGUGAUUUUCUGGACCAUGGUUCUCCAUCCACCCCUGGACUCUCCAUGUUUACAUCUGAACUGAAGAACAAAAUUAAAGAUUAACUCACCUUUGCACUUCUGAAGCUUCUCUGGGGCCCUUACAGGGGUGGAGGCCAUUUUCUGGUGCCAUGACCCGGAUAUUCGAAUCAAGGCUGUUGCAUGGGAGUAUGCGUACAUUGACUAUUCCGGUCGUCCUGUCACACAAUAUGGACAAGGACAUGUACGUCUGUGUGUUUAAAGUUAGUCCACCGCAAGAUCUAUCCCUCAGCGUUCUUCAAAAGACCUCAGCAAGUGUCUUUCUUUUCUAAUGUCUUUCUAAGGUUUCUAUGGCCUCGUGCCAUCUUUUUAGGGAGUUUAUAUACUGAUAUACAAUACUGAUCAAGGUUGCAUUGUAUGGCCUCAUCUAACACUAAGUAAAAUGAUUAAGAACAUGUUUCGUUGACCGCUGGGAUACAGUGAUCAAGCCCUGAAGUGUGGCAGUGGCGCCAUUGCUGCAAACUAUGGGAAAACUGAGCAAUUGUUGGGGAUUUAACCCUGAACUCUCGGUAGAUGCAUGUUUCUCAGUGCACUGCCAUGUUUGUCAUGGCCUGCAUGUUUGACGUGAAUUCCCAGACGCAAUUAACACAGGCUAUUUUUCACAAAAACACACAAGCCCCUUCCCAUAAUACUUUUCCUUCUUGCAGUAUUGCUGUGGCUCCAUCACAGGAGAAUGGUGUUGUAAAAGGCAUCACAGUGUUCACUGUUUACAUUUGAGCCAAGAUUGUCGUCCCCUGCAAAUGUUUACACACUUAUCAGGCAACGGUACCCCAAGAACUACCCUGGGUAGACCCACCGAAGCUCGCUCUUCAUGUGUUAACACAAUUGCUUUUAUACUCUCUAAAAUUCUCGUUAUAAGUUGUUAUUAUUGCUAUUAUUGUUAUUAUUAUCAUUAUUCUUAUGAUUACUAUGGUUCGUAGAUUUGACAAUAUGUGAUUUUUACAAAUGACUACAUCCCCCAUGAUGCAUUUAUCUGCUUUUGCCGUGUUAGAGGUUUACAGCACCCUAGUGUAGAGCUCCACCCUGUUUUGACUGACAGACUAAUUGGCCAAUCAGUAUGCCUAUAAACAUCUUUUUCAUUACCAUAACAAAUGCUGUGUUCCAUUCAAUUCUGAAAGUGCAAGAGAACUCCACCGAAAUACCAGAACCGAAUGGUAUUAACGGUUUUCGCACAAGAAUUCUUCCUCCGAUGUUGAAGAAUCGCAUGCUAAAUUUGACAGAAGUAUUUCUCCAAUAUCGGGUUGAAAGGUUCAGUGCGCGGUGAGUAACUCUUAAGAGGUGGGGGUUUUUAGUGAAUCAACAACAUUACAGUUUAUGUUUUAAGAAUGUUUCUCCAACAUUUCAGUUAGGUUAUAGGAACAUUAUUUUUUAAUGUUCUCUGAAUGUUUAAAAUGUCCAGUAUUUUAAAUGUUUUUUUUUUUGUUUGUUUGUUUUUUUUUUUAAAUUGGUUAUGGGAUUGUAAAGGGAACAUUCCAUUUUAUAUUUUUACAAACUUUAUGGGAAUGUUUCAGAAUCUUCAGAGAGUAAAGUGAAAGUGACAUGUGAAGGCCAAGUAUGAUACCACAUACUCGGAAUUUGUCCUCUGCAUUUAACCCAUCCAGUUAGCGCACACACUAGAGGUUGGGUGCCUUGCUCAAGAAGUUAUUUCCUGCCGGUAUUGAGAAUCGAACCCACAACCUUUGGGUUUCCAGUCUGAAUCUCUAACCAUUAGGUCAUCACUGCCCAGGUGCAAGUAGCAAGUAUUUAAACAAAACAUUAUAAAUGUCCAACUAAAACUUUUCAGGAAAAAAUGUUCCAUGAAAAAUAUUUUGAGAGCAUGCACCUCGACCAGGGAAGUUCAAUUCCCACAUGAAUGACUCUUUUGAGUUGAUUCUUUUUGGUGAGUCAAAAACAUACAGUGCGAUCAGGGAAGUCUAAUUCCCGACUGAAUGACACUUUUGAGUCGAUUCUUUUUGGUGAAUCAAAAACAUACAGCUCGACCAGGGAAGUUCAAUUCCCAAAUGAAUGACUCUUUUCAGUCGAUUCUUUUUGGUGAGUCAAAAACAUACAGUGUGAUCAGGGAAGUCUAAUUCCCGAAUGAAUUAAACUUUUGAGUUGAUUCUUUUUAGUGAAUCAAAAACAUUCAGCUUGACCAGGGAGGUUCGAUUCCCAAAUAAAUGGCUCUUUGAGUCAAUUCUUUAUGGUUAGUCAAAAACAUACAGUGUGAUCAGGGAAAUCUAAUUCCCAAAUGAAUGAAACUUUUGAGUUGAUUCUUUUUGGUGAAUCAAAAGCAUACAGCUCGACCAGGAAGGUUCAAUUCCCAAAUGAAUGACUCUUUUGAGUCAAUUCUUUUUGGUGAGUCAAAAACAUACAGCUCGACCAGGGAAAUUCAGUUCCCAAAUUAAUGACUCUUUUGAGUCAAUUCUUUUUGGUGAGUCAAAAACAUACAGUGCGAUCAGGGAAGUCUAAUUCCCGAAUGAAUCUUUUGAGUUGAUUCUUUUUGGUGAAUCAAAAGCAUACAGCUCGACCAGGAAGGUUCAAUUCCCAAAUGAAUGACUCUUUUGAGUCAAUUCUUUUUGGUGAGUCAAAAACAUACAGCUCGACCAGGGAGGUUUAAUUCCCAAAUGAAUGACUCUUUUGAGUUGAUUCUUUUUGGUGAAUCAAAAAAUACAGCUCGACCAGGGAAAUUCAGUUCCCAAAUUAAUGACUCUUUUGAGUCAGUUCUUUUUGGUGAGUCAAAAACAUACAGUGCGAUCAGGGAAGUCUAAUUCCCGAAUGAAUCUUUUGAGUUGAUUCUUUUUGGUGAAUCAAAAGCAUACAGCUCGACCAGGGAAGUUCAAUUCCCAAAUAAAUUACUUUUUUGAGUCAAUUCUUUUUAGUAAGUCAAAAACAUAUAGUGCGAUCAGGGAGGUCCAAUUCCCCAAUGAAUGACUCUUGAGUCCAUUCUUUGUAGUGAAUCAAACAUAUACAACUUUGAACCAACUGUGAGAUUUAAAUCAGCAUAGUUACUUACGGUUUUUUAUAUGAAAACGUGUAGUUAAAGAUACAUGUUUAUGAGUUUUGUCAGUAGUUUUUAUAAUGAAUGAAAGAUUUUUUUAGCAUUUUUAUUUAAAGGCCAAUUUUUGUAUUGCAUAUAUCCUCUAAGAAAACUGUGAAAAGUCUAUGUAAACACACUUAUUUAUUAUACAAAUUAUUCCAUCAUUUGUUCAAUGGAAUGGCUUGUUUUCCCCAAAAUAGUGGUUGUGGAUGCCAAUUAUAAGAACAUCCCACAUCAAACUUUGAAUGGAACGCAGCAUUUAUCUAGUCCCAAUGUACCCAACCGCCACUAAUUUUAACCAUGCGUAUCACUCUUUAAUCAGGUCAGUGUGCCAUAAUAAUUAACCCUUUCCAGAUCCACCAGUACUAAUGCUUAUAAGGGAGCACAGGGUGCAAAAUAGACUUACUAAUGAUAGUGGAACCCCUGAUCAUUUAAUCUGAGGUUAAACUCUUCCCAUUGUAUUUAAACUGGCAUAAUUUUGUUGAAGGGUCAGACAGGGAGAGCUGUAGUAGAGAUGCAUGCAGUGAAAUAAUGAAGCUUCACAAUUUCUCACUCUCAUCGCUGUCCAUUAAGAUCUUACUGUUCUCUAUAUAUUGUUUUUGAGACUAUAUACUUUUUUUGUUGUUUUUUUGUUUUUUUAAUUCGAGGAAUGCGGCUUACUACAAGCUUUCGGCUGGUCAGGCUCUCAAGGGGAAAAUGGAAAGGGAAAAGCUUUCUCAGUGUCAGCUCUUUAUAACUGCAUUUUGGUUCUGCUUUUUAUUAAAAAAAUUCCUCUUUGAUUCAAA